AUGUCCUCAAAACGUAGGAAAAAUAACGGAAAUGACGAUGACGAAACUGAUUAUUGCACUACAGGAGAUCCAAACGAGGAAAUUAUUAUUCCUGGUCAGAAGAAAAGAAAAAUUGAGAGCAAACAGCCUUCGGCAACGGGUGGCAAGAAAAACCGUAAUUUUGUGAAAGAACGCGAGGAAGCUAAAAUGACAAAAAAGAUGAAGCGUCAAUUAGCCGCUGUUCAAGCCAGAAAAGCUUUGAAACAAACUCAAGAGGAACUUUUCGCUGGACUUGCCGAGUUUCAAUUAGCUCCAUCGAUUGUUCACAAACUCACCUCAAGCUCCACAUUGGCAAAAGCUCCGGAAAAACCAGCAAAUUUUCCAGAGAAAAUUAAAGUUUUCAAUGGCAAGAAGAAACAAGAAGACAAACGAGUACAACAGAACUAUUAUCCAACCGAUGAUGAAUCUUCAAGCGACGAAGAAGAAGAAGAAGAAGAACAGGAAGAAGCAACACCACAAGAGAACCAAAAAGAAAUCCAAAUUAAAGAAGAAAUAAUUGACGAAGAAAAUGAGCCAGACACUGUGGCGGGUCCCUCCACGGAGAAUCUAAAACGCGAAGACUUUGAAGAAUCCGAUGAAGAAGAUAUUCUUGCCCUUCCAACGACAACAGUCGUCGAAAGAAAACGUGUUUUAGUGUCUCGAAGUGAAGAAAUCCAAGCAAAACGAGCCGAAUUGCCGAUUUUUGCCGAAGAAAUGAGGAUCGUUGAAGCGAUCAACGAAAAUCUGGUUACUGUUGUAUGCGGUGAAACCGGUUCCGGUAAAACCACGCAAAUUCCGCAAUUUCUGUAUGAAGCCGGCUAUGCUUCCGAAAACGAGCUGAUUGGAAUCACGGAGCCGCGACGAGUGGCAGCGAUUGCGAUGGCUCAGCGAGUCGGAGAAGAACUCGGAAAACCGGAAAACGUGUCAUAUCAAAUUCGCUACGAAGCAACUCGAUCGAAAGACACAAAUAUUCUAUUCAUGACCGACGGAGUUUUAAUGAAAGAAAUGGAGACUGAUGUGAUGCUUAAAAAAUAUUCAGUGAUUUUAAUCGAUGAAGCCCACGAACGCUCAAUGUACAGCGAUGUGCUGAUUGGAAUGCUUUCAAGGAUUGUCCCUCUUCGCGCGAAGACCCCGAGGCCAUUAAGACUUGUCAUUAUGUCGGCCACAUUGAGAUUGGACGAUUUCACGCAUAAAAAACUCUUUCCCGUUCUGACGCCGAAAGUCAUCAAGGUUGAUGCUCGCCAGUUCCCAGUCACAGUUCAUUUCGAGAAACGAACACCUCAAGACUAUUUAGCAUCUGCUUUCAAAAAGGUGUGUCGAAUCCAUGAGACACUGCCUUCAGGAGCAAUUCUCGUGUUUGUCACUGGUCAAAACGAAGUCCGCCAAUUGCUGGGAAAACUGAAAAAACGAUAUCCGGUGAUUUAUGAGCACGACAAGGAUGGUGAAGUUCUUGUUCGAGGCACUAAGCAAUGGAAGGAGAAACACCUGCAGAACGCCAAAAGUAUCAAACUUGAAGAUUUCAAAGAAGAAGCUGACGCGGAACAUAAUUCAGAUUUUGAGGACUUUGAAGGCGAUGAUGUGAACGAGCGUGGCGCCGCAGAAGCUUUUGAUGACUAUGAGGAAGCCGAAAACGGGGAUGGAGACCUGACAGACGAGAAAACUGAGACAAUCGUCGGACCACCACCAGCAGAUUGUGAACCUCUUUUCUGUCUUCCGCUCUAUUCUUUACUCUCAAUGGGCAAACAGCGUCGAGUUUUCGACGAAGUUCCUGCUGGAAUGCGGCUCUGUGUCAUUUCGACGAACGUCGCUGAGACGUCUCUAACAAUUCCUGGCGUCAAAUACGUCAUCGAUUGCGGAUUUGAGAAGCGGCGAUUGUACGAUGCGAUCACCGGUGUUUCUCGGUUUGCCGUAUGUCGAGUGUCUCAAGCUUCCGCCGAUCAGCGAGCUGGUAGAGCCGGUCGAAUCGCUGCCGGACACGCGUAUCGCCUUUAUUCGUCGGCGGUGUUUCAAGACUUGGCCAAGUUUGCCGACCCGGAGAUUCUCACCAAGCCCGCCGAUCAACUCGUCCUUCAUCUCAAAUCAAUGAACAUUGUGAAGGUUGUCAAUUUUCCGUUCCCAUCGGCACCGAACGAGAAAAUGUUGGAAUCGGCUGAAAAACGACUAAUUAAACUCGGAGCACUAGCUGAAAGCACUGUGAAUGAAAAAACGGUCGCCAGAAUCACGAAGCUCGGACGAACGUUGGCGGCAUUUCCAUUGGCGCCAGCGUACGCGAAAUUUAUCGCAAUGGCCGAUCAACACGAUCUCAUGAGCCAUGCGAUUAUGCUCAUUUCCUUGCUCUCCGUGCGCGAGCCUCUAAUUCCGAUCGCGUCAAUUCGCGGAAAAACGCCAGAGGAAACGAAAGAGCUUAUGAAAACGGUGCUGAAGGAACGAAGAAGUUGGUGUUCGCAAAAUGCGUCGAGAAGAUUAGGCGAUUUGAAAGUUCUUAUGCAUGCUGCUUCAGUUGCUGAAAGUUUCAAUUACAAUCCUUCGGAAUGCGAAAAAGCGGGACUUCGUGUUAAAGCUCUAGUUGAGGCGCGAAAAUUACGCCAACAACUCACCAAUAUUGUGAACACCUCUUGCGGAAAAAUGAUUGCGAUUCCCGACAAAUUUGAGCCACCGUCAAUUCAGCAAGCACAACUAUUGAGACAAAUCGUCGUCGCGUGCUUCGCUGAUCGAAUAGCCCGUCGAAUUGAUCGGUCGACAACACAGGAGCAAGUCGAAAAGGGCGCCUACAAAUCGUCAAUCAUCGAGGAGAAUGUAUUCAUCGAUCCGUCGAGUGUCAUGUUCACCGAGGAGCCCGAGUUCGUCAUCUAUCAAGAGAUUGUGCAAGUCAGCGAGAAAAAGCUGAUGAGCCAAGUGUGUGCAGUUGAUGCGGAAUGGAUUAGCCGUCUUGCGGAAUCAUAUUGUCAUUUCGGAGAGAUGAAUAAAGAUGAGGAGCCCAAAUAUGAUAAGGAGAAGGAUAUAAUCGUGAAGAACGUGAAGGUCACUUUUGGUCCAUUAGAUUGGCCGCUGCCCGACGAAAUGAGGGAAAUUCCGCAUGAUAUCAUGCGUUAUCGCUAUUUCGCACUUUUCUUGCUUGAUGGACAGAAAAGGACCGAGGCUCUACUCAACAGGCUUAUCGAUAAAGAGAUCUACACUAGAAAGGAGCUUAAAUCAUUCUGGCUGAGAAAUGAGAAUUUCCUUUUGGAGGAGUAUCUCGAAUGGCUACCGCAAAGCCUUCAUCCAGCUGUUAAUCUUUUGUGGCCGCCACUUGACGACAAUGAGAAGACUUCAAAAAUGGGACGGAAUAAGAAGUUUUGUUGA